CUCUGCCAUAAUCGGGCGUUGUCACUUAAUUAUAUACUACACUUCGGAGUCGUCAAUCUUUCAACCACCACCACCAUCGUACAAACCGCAACCAUGCGGCGACACGCCCUAUCGGGCUUGUUCUCAGCUGUCCUGCUACAAUCAGCAGCAGCACAGUCUUACGGCAAUCCUGGCGAUGGCAAUGGCUCAGGCCAUGGUCAACCCAACGGCGGUGGUUCCUCCUCUCCUGGUAGUAGUCCUGCAGGCGCUGGUGGCCCUGGGAGUGGUGCUGGUCCCGGUUCGUCUCUGACGAUUUCUCCUGUCGUUCUCACUUGUCCCAUUGUUUCACCUGCCACUGUCUUCAUCACUGUCACACCUGCUGCUCUGUCAACCGUCACUGUUACGGCCCCUUCUGGUUCCAAUCCUUCCAAUGGUCCCAUUGGUGCAACUGGACCCAAUGGCGGCUUCGACCCGUCCACAGCGUCACCUGGCCGGGCUCCCUCCAAGACUGUGACGAUCCCAUGUUCGACUGGCUCUGGUUCAGGCUCUGGCUCUAGCCCUGGUGGCGCUGGCAAUCCUGGUUCUGGUCAAUCUGCUACUGCUGCUCAACUCACUACCGACUUUGUCACCAUGUCUAUGCCUCCAAUUGGUGGUGCCCCCGGUUCUAUGAUCACUUUCACCAUCAUCACUCCUCUUAUCUCUAGUGGUGGUCAUGAAAGCAGCGGUGUUCCAGGUCCGUUCGGUGUUUCUCCUACCCCCACAGGCGGUUUCGGUGCAGGUCAACCUUCUCCUGCUCCCACUCGAACCGGUAAUCCAUCAUCUGGAGCUAGCAACCCAGAAGGACAAGCCUUCCCAACUGUCACUGUCACUGUCACUUCACCUCAAGGCAAUCCAUCAGCUGGAGGUAGCAAUCCAGAUGGACAAGCCUUCCCAACCGUCACGAUUACUGUCACAUCGCCUCAAAGCAAUCCUUCCGCCUCUGGCUCGGGCAACAAUCCUGCUGGUUCUGGAUCUGGAGGCAAUCCUGGCAGUAAUGAUCCCGGCAGCAGUGCUCCAGGUGGCUACGGCUCUGGUAGCAAUCCCAACGGCUCAGGAUCUGGCACCAAUCCCAACGGCAGUGGCUCGGGCACUAAUCCUUCCGGCUCUGGAUCUGGAAGCAACCCCGGCAGCAACGGUUCUGGCAGCAAUGGCUCCAGCGGCAGUCCUGGCAGUCCUGGCGGUCAAGGUCCCAGCACCCCUUGCUCAACCGAGAGAGCAACUGCCACCAUUCCUGGCGGUAAUCCUGGCGGCAAAAACCCUGGCGCAGGUGGCCAAGGUCCUACCUUUGUUCCCGGCAAUCCCAAUCUACCUUCUGAUGGCCCCGGAGGCCAAGGUCUGCCCACUUCCCCUUUCACUGUUACUGUCACUGCUCCUACUGUCCCAUCCGGCACAAGCAGCCCUGGCAGUAACGGGAGCCCUGGCGGUUCAGGAGGCUCCAGCAAUGGUCCAAGUGAUCCAGGACACAGCACGUCCACUUUGAUUGUCUCUGUCCCACUCACUGUCACCAUUCCCAACUCUCCUGCAGGUACCGUCAAUCCUGGUAGCAAUGGUAGCCCUGCUGGCCAAGGUAGUCAGCUUCCGUCCGGUAUUCUUGGCAACCCUGAUUCUGGAGGCCAAAGCUCGACAGCAGGUGUUCAAGUCCCUCACCCUUCCGGCAGCUAUGGAGGAGGUGCACCAGGCAGUGGUCCAAACGGUCCUGGCAGCUCCGGCAGUCCUACUGAUCCAAACGGUGCUGGAGGAUCCGGCAGUCCUAACGGCCCCAACGGUUCGGGUGGCAAUGGCUCACCAUCUCCUGUCACUGUCACUGUCACUCCCAGCAACCCUGCUGGCGGCAUUUCAGGCGGGCCAAACGACCAAGGCACAGGUGCCACCGUUCCAGUCUCAGAGCCUACUCCUUCUGGCGGGUAUGGUGCUGGCUCCGGCAGCGGUCCCAACGGCAGCAAUCCCAGUGGUAGUGGCUCUAACGGCAGCGGUGGCGAUCCUAAUGGCCCCAAUGGUCCAAACGGCUCAGGUCCCAUCACCAUCACAAUCCCAGCUGCGGGCAGUCCUUUUGCUUCAGCAGCUCCCAUACCCGUCACAGUUCCUAGCCCUGGCCUUCCCAACGGCCCGGGAGGCCAAGGCGGUGCUCCCGGCCCUAUCACUGUCACUGUUCCUGCCUCUCCCAGUGCUGGCAUUCCCGGUGGCUACGGCGGAAGCUCUCCUGCUGGUGGCAAUGGGCCAAACGGCAGCGGUCCGAAUGGUCCUGGAAGUGGUCCGAAUGGUUCUGGAAGUGGUCCUGGUGGUCCUGGAAGUGGUCCUGGCGGUCAAGGCAUCUCUUCUCUACUCAUCACCAUCACCCAGGCGUCGACUCUCCCUUACACUUCCACCGUGCUCGUCUCUCCACCUUACACUCCCAUCGUGAGCCUUGCUCCUACCAAUGGCCCAGGUGCUGGGUCAGGCAGCCAACCCGGUAAUGGGUCGGGCACUCCCGGCAACGGCUCUGGCAACCCAGGUAAUGGUUCCGGCAAUCCUGGUAACGGCUCGGGAGGUCCAAACAGCGGCCAAUCAACCCCCUGCCCCGAGGAAGGCUCUGUGAUCACCAUAUUCCCUUCCCAGACUAACGCACAGCAACCCACUAGUGUUCAGCCAAUUGUCACAAUCACAGGCAGCCCCGACAGCUUUGGCAGUGGUCCCAACGGAGGAUCCGGUAUUGGCCCCAAUGGAGGAUCUGGUACUGGUCCCAGUGGAGGUUCAAACCCAUCCGGAGGUUCUUCACCAGUCAUCACCGUCCCUGCGGGAUCCAACCCAUCAGACGCUGGUCCAUCCGGACUUCCGAUUCCUAUUACUGGGGGUUCAAAUCCAUCUGGUGAGUCAACACCUUGCACUACUUCUUUCUCUGCCAUUCAAACAUCUGGUGCUGCACCCUUUGAUACCUCGUCGACUCGCGUUCCGCAAUUGACCAUUCCGUCAAGUGGCUGGAAUGCCACUAUGUCGAUGACGACGUUUGUUACCGCUACUGCUGCGAUACCUGCAACUAGUGUGCCAUCACCAAUAGUGACACCAUUGGCAACCACAAUCCCCACUGACUGUCCUUCAUUGACCUCUACAUUGAUAUCGAGUUCCAUGAUUACGUGGUGCGCUACCUUGGGUGCAACAUCAACCAUCAAUCUCGGCUCGACGGCAACUCCCCUUGUUCGUCGUCAAGCUAACGUGGAUCUUCCAGCUGUACCUACAUCUCCUUCCGGUGGCUAUCAAUGGGGCGGUCAAAAGGCCGAGGCAUGUGGCAACCCUGCUGACAACGGCAACUUCACCUUCGAGGUUUGUCUCUCAUCUGCCUCUCGGUCGACACAUACUAACUUUUGCAGAUGGAUGAUCUCCCUAUUGUUUCCGUCAGAUCCAGCGAGGCUGAACCCGUCGCAAUGUUGAGCCCAUAUCACCGAUUCUGGUUCACUUCUACUUUCAAGGUUGCUUCUUCUGAAGGCCGUUUCCAGCCAUCAUCUGGAGAGUCAAUGCUUCAGUUCACCCCUACCAGAGUCACACAGCAGGCACGAUUCGGCAAAGGUCCUCAAGAUACCACUGAUUGUUUCUCGUUUGACUUCUUCAGCACCAACCUUGGCUGCGAUUCCAAGGAGGCUGAAUGUGUGUUCACCUUUACUGGCAUGGCUCUUGACAGCAAAUCCAACAAAGAAGAGAAGCUCGUCUCCCAGACCAUUCGCGUUCCCGCCUGCCGUCAGGC